UGGACAGUGACGGAUAUUGAUUAUCACAAUUUACGAACACCGCGUCGUAUUUUUUGCAUGAUAUUUACGGUGUGGUUUUUUGCUGUCAUUGUAUCACUGGCACCACAAUUUGGCUGGAAGGAUCCCGAGUAUAUGGAGCGUAUUGAACAACAAAAAUGCAUGGUUUCGCAGGAUGUCAUUUAUCAGAUUUUUGCUACCUGUUGCUCCUUUUACGUUCCAUUAUUAAUGAUUUUAGUUCUGUACUGGAAAAUCUAUAAAAUAGCACGCAAACGUAUUCAGCGGCGUACAAAACGUUUGCAAUAUUCUCAGAGUACAACAAAAGAUGUGGAUUUCGAGGAAAAGGCGAAAAAGAAGCGCAUAAAAAUUUGCUUCAGCAAGGAUGUAUCCUCGGACAAAGGUUUCAGUUCGUCGACUGGCGACAACUAUGGCGGUGGCUCCAAUGCCAACAUCAGAGAGGAAACGGAAUUCAGCACCAGUAAUAUUGAAGACAAAAGCCAUGCAGGAACGGAGCUGACCAAUGUCUCGGAUGAGAUGACAACUACGAAUGCAGAUGAACGUGUGCCCCUGCCUCUGGAGAUUUCAACUGUGUCGCAGCAGGUUGCUGCCACAACAUCAACAUUUCAGCAGCACGUCACAGCAAUUGUGCUGACCACUGCAACACCCCGCCUCACUGUGUGCGGUGGUGGCGGAGGCGGCGGUAAUAGCAAACAACAUCAACAACUACUUGGAACGAAUCCCCACCAAAAGCUGGCCAAGCGACGUCAGCAAAUUGAGGCGAAGCGCGAAAGAAAGGCAGCCCAAACACUGGCAAUCAUUACGGGCGCCUUUGUUGUCUGUUGGCUGCCAUUUUUCGUGAUGGCUCUGACACUGUCGCUGUGUAAAAGUUGUGAAAUUAAUGCUGCUGUCGCAUCGCUUUUCCUAUGGCUUGGUUAUUUUAAUUCCACGCUAAAUCCAAUCAUUUAUACCAUUUUCAAUCCCGAGUUUCGACGUGCCUUCCAGCGUUUGUUGUUUGGCAAAAAAUAUGUGGCCAAUCGAUGUAAACGGCGGAGUGCCAAUAUAUGAUCCUAGCAGAAAAGGGGCCCGGAGCCUAGUGUUGCAAUUGCGGCAGAAUAUACGAGUUGUGCGUGAUGUUA